AUGACAUGGUAUGUUUUACUUUUUAAGACAAUGAGCAUGUCUAGACAUUGGGAACGGGCCUACCAUCAGGCCGGGCUUGAAAGGUGGGCUCGGCCUGUUCCCCAUGUCUAAGCAUUUCAUAACUUAACUAUCAGCCCAAGAGUGUUGUUAUAGCCCAGUUUAACGAACUAAAGCAUGCUUUUUACAAAAACCCCACUUAAACCAUGCUUAUUACAAAAAACUUGAUUUGCCAAAAUUUAUUCAAUGCCCAUUAGAAAUUUGGCUUUUUACGGGAAAAAGCAGAUAUAACGACACGAGCCGGCCCCCUUCUCUCUUCUCCCAUACCUCUUUUCGUUAGACUUUGUAUAGCGUCGCGGUUCGGAAGAGAGGGGCAGAGAAGUGUCGCUCUACGUAGUUUUUCGCUUUUAGAGCGUCAGGGCUGCUUUAGCUGGGGGAAACGGCCGCUUUUUGUCUUGAAUUUAAAAAUUAUGUAUUAUACAAAGGUAAUGUGAAAUAAUGGUGUAUAUAAAGGUAAUAUAGACUUUAGAUGAAGGUGAUAUAGGCCUUGUGUAUAGGAAACGUUAUAGAGAGAGAAUUUUGUGUUUGUGAAUUUUGUGAUUAUAUUAGGUUGUUCAAAUAAUUCUGAGCUCUUUCUCAAAGCUAGUUUUCGGGGGUAGAGGGCGCAGAAUUAGUUGAACAACGUAAUAGCUAGAGUUUCUUAGUUAUACAACUCAAAUAUGAACUUAAAAUGAAUGGCAAUAACUUUUUGAAACGUAUUUAAUCUUUGGGAAUAUAAAAAUCCCAAAAAAUAUUAACAUAGGUACCAUGAAGAAAUCCAAAGGUAUUUAAUGUAUCUAGUGCACUAGCUAGUGUAAUAUAAAACUUAGAUUUGAGACAGAGUAUAAGCGGAUAGAAAGCAAUAAAAUUGUUACAGUGACACCAUGAGCUUCCUAUACAAACUUUAUUGUUGUCAUGGAGACUUGUCGUUAUAAUAAAGUUAUUUGCUUGUCUAACUCAACAUUUGCUUUUUGAUAGCGUAGUUGAUUAAAUUGCAGUAUCUGUAUAUAUGUACUUUUUGAUGGUGUAAUUGGUUACAUUAUAGUGUAAUUUGGGUUUAUCUUGUUUUACUAUAAUAUAUUUUUGGUUUUACUGAGGUAUUGUAAAUCAUAUAGCAUGAUAACGGUUUCUGGGAUAUUUUAUAAGGUUUAAGGUUGUUCAAAUAAUUCUGUGCCUUUUGUCAAAGCAAAUCUUUGGAAUUGGGUAACACAGAAUUAUUUGAAAAACCUAGUACUAAAGUUUUCAUAAAGUAAUGGCUUAUAUGAUGAAGUAAACGAUGACUGUUACAAUAUAAUAUCGCUGAUAUCAAAGAUUUAUUAAAAAAUUUUUAAGUAAUAAGUUUUUAAAUUUCACAUUAAUGCUUUCAAUUAUUAUAUUACAGUACCCCAAUGGAAGCCACCUCCGACACAGAAUCCGAUCUUCCAGCACAUUACCAUCACGUUGUGCACAAACGACGCUCCAUAUCGAUGGCUCAGAAAAAGGACAUUGUACAAAAAUAUCGUGAAGGAAGACCGUUGAAUGAGAUCAGGAAGGAGUACAACCUUCCUCGAUCCACAAUGUUGUGCAUCAUCAAGAAGUCGGAAGAGAUUCUACAAGCUGCCAAUCCUUGUAGUUUCAGGAAGAAGAGAAUUGUCAAGGUGAGAUACGAAGUCAUGGAGAAGGAGGUCUACAAGUACUACAAGAUGUGCAUAGACAGAGGACUGCCGAUCAAUGGGGAUGAUAUUAGGGUAGGUUAAUAUUUUUAUUAUUGUAGGUAAGUUUUUAAGGAUUAGAGUUAUAUUGAGGUAGGUAAAUAGGUAAUAAGAAGGCUUUCUAGGGACCUUAGGCUAGGUUGAAGGUAAAUUUAUAUUGUUUUAGGUAAAGAAAAAAAAGAAUUUUUGUAUAUAGGGAAAGGACAGAGAAUAUAGGUUUUCUUCUUAAAGCCAGAGGCCCUGUAAACGUUUGAAACCCCAAAUUCCAAACUUUUCUUUUCAGAAUCACGCCAAACAAGUAGCCGAACAGAUUGGAGAACAUGAAUUCAAAGCCAGUAUGGGCUGGUUGGGAGGAUUCAAGAAAAGGCACGGCAUUUCCCUGCGAUCUAAACCCGGAGAAAUUGAAUUUAAAGAGGAUUCAGAAGCACCUGAAUCUUCUGAAGCUACGGAUUCUGACUCAUUGUCCGCUGAGCUUCUACAACUACAAAAGCAGAUCACUGAGCUUAUUAAGAAUUCUGGAGGUAAAGAUUGUGAAGCCUUUGGAACGGUCGGGAAUGAAGGGUCUGAUGAUGUUGGGGAAGAAGAUGGAGCUAUUGAGGGUGAAGGUUCUGAAGAUGUUGGAAGUGAAGAUUCUGGCUAUUUAAAGAAUGAUAGUCAAGGUUGUGAGGAUGAAGGUAAUAUAAAGGAUUAUGAAGGCGUUAGAAAUGAUGGAUUGGAUUCUGUAGACGUUGCGGGUUUGGAGGUAGCUUCUGGAGAAGUCCAAAAUAAUGACGUAAAUCUUCAAAAAGUGAAAACUGAAGGCAUAAACUAUGAAGAUAUUGAUAAUGGCAUCAAAAGUAGUAACAAAGCUACAGAUUCAUCUGAAGGAAGUAAAAGUGAUGCUACUGUUUCAGCUCGAGCAAGUAAAAGUGAAGCUUCAGAUUUAGCUCAUGGAAGUAAAAUUGGUGCUACAAAUCGAGCUGAAGGAAGUAAAAUUGGUGCUACAAGUUCAUCUGACAGCAUGGAAAUAUUGAGAAGAUAUGUUGAUAUCGACCCUGCAGUAACUAGCAAACUUCUUCGAACUUUUCUGAGUAAUCGCUACAUAAAGACAAACGAUAAAAAUGAUGAUAAGCCUAAGAAUGCAACUAUUACUCCAACUUUAAGACUAAGAAAAAAGAAAACCAGUUUUUAUCAAAAAGCAAACAAACUCAGGAUGCUUCAGGAGGCAAAGAAAGCAAAAUUGCUUCAGAAACAGAAGCUGGGUAUUGUUAAUGAAACAAGAAGCAACGUUGAAGCUCAACAACAAGUUGUUACUCAAGAACCCAUUGACGAUAAAACAGCGCUACAAGAAGUUAUUCAAAAUGUUAAAUCGACCCAAUCAACUUCAGAAUCUAAACAUGUAGCAGAAGUCUUAGAAAGUUCUUCAAUUGUGGUACAAUCAGUGGAAAUUCCAGAAGCUUCAAAUACAUUAGAAGCUUGUGUCAAUCCUAAUGGCCUAACACAACAUCUUGAAAACAACCUCGCACAAGAGCAAGUUGUUAUUGAUUCAGAACAAGAAGGGACAGAUGAGGUUAUCAAAGCAUUGGAUGUUAUCGACCGGUAUGUUCAAAAGAGUAACGAUGAAGGUCUUCUCCAGUUGACUAAAAAGUUUAGCGAAAAGCUAAAUCAACAUCUGUUGAUGAAGAUUCUCUUUGGUUCGAAAUAA